AGUGUCAGGAAACCUCCAGUAGCAGCCAAUAACUUUGAAAUCAGGACAGGCCUGAUUCAAACAAUUCAACAAUCUUGCAUUUUCACUGGUGAUCUAAGUGAAGAUCCACAUAGUCAUUUAAUUGACUUUUUAGAAUUAGUUGAAACUGCAAAGUAUAAUGGAGUACCUCCUGAAGCAAUUAAGUUAAGGCUAUUUCCUUUUUCUUUAAAAGGAGAGGCCAAAACUUGGUUACGAAGUUUGCCGCAAGGGUCUAUUACCACAUGGAACCAAAUGACUCAGAAAUUUUUAAAUAAAUAUUUUUCCCCUGCUAAAACAACAAAGUUAAGACAGGAUAUAUCUAACUUCUUGCAGACUGACACUGAGUCAGUUUAUCAAUCUUGGGAAAGAUUGAAAACAAUGUUAAGGAAAUGUCCACAUCAUGACGUUCCUGAACAUAUGCAGUUGUACAUUUUUUAUCAUGGUUUGAAACCAUCUUCUAGAAAUGUAAUAGAUGCAGCUGCAGGAGGUUCCAUAAUGGGAAAAACCACAGAAGAAGCAUUGCAAUCGCUUAAUGAAAUUUCUGAAAAUGCCAUACAGUGGCCAUCUGAGCGUGUAAUCAUUAAGAAAGCUGCUACAGUAAAUCAGGUGGAUGCUUUAAAUACACUAACACAACAGAUUGUCUCUUUGGCACAAAAAUUUGAAUCUUUUCAGGUAAAUACACAACAACCAAGCCAGUCUGAGGCUUGUGACUUGUGUGGAGGAAACCAUCUAAACCACGAAUGUCAAGCAACCAAUCAAAAUGAUGAACAGGUCAAUGUCAUCGGAUACAAGCAGUAUCCUUUUGGAAGUCCAUUAGCACAAAAACAUCCAGGAUUUCAAUGGAGCAAUGCAAAUGGUGCUGAAAACUCUUAAAAUUACCAAAAGCAACAGGGUAUAACCAAAUACCAAUCGCACCAGAAGAUCAAGAUAAGUCAACUUUCACAUGUCCUCAUGGAACAUAUGCAUAAAGGAGAAUGCCAUUUGGUUUGUGCAACGCUCCUGCUACAUUUCAGCGUUGCAUGUCAGCAAUUUUUUCUGACACGACUGAAAAUUUUCUUGAAAUUUUCAUGGAUGAUUUUACACUCUUCGGCAAGGAUUUUGAGG